AUGGUCCUGUCCCUGCACAGCCUGCGCUUCUCUCUCAAAGGCUGCAGACAUGUGAGCAAGGCGGCCCCUCAGGCUCAGAUGGACUGGGACUACGAUGGGCCCUCCAUGAAGACCGCUGUCCCCGGGCCCCGCUCCCAGGUCACUCCCCCCUCCUCUCUCACCCUGGGACUGUCUCACCCCCUCCUCUCUCACCCUGGGACUGUCUCACCCCCUCCUCUCUCACACUGGGACUGUCUCACCCUCUCCUCUCUCACACUAGAACUGUCUCACCCCCUCCUCUCUCACACUGGGACUGUCUCACCCUCUCCUCUCUCACACUGGGGCUGCCUCACCCUCUCCUCUCUCACACUGGGACUGUCUCACCCUCUCCUCUCUCACCCUGGGACUGCUUCACCCCCUCCUCUCUCACCCUGGGACUGCUUCACCCCCUCCUCUCUCACCCUGGGACUGCUUCACCCCCUCCUCUCUCACCCUGGGACUGUCUCACCCUGGGACUGUCUCACCCCCUCCUCUCUCACCCUGGGACUGCUUCACCCCCUCCUCUCUCACCCAGGGACUGUCUCACCCCCUCCUCUCUCACCCUGGGACUGCUUCACCCCCUCCUCUCUCACCCUGGGACUGUCUCACCCCCUCCUCUCUCACACUGGGACUGUCUCACCCCUUCCUCUCUCACCCAGGGACUGUCUCACCCCCUCCUCUCUCACCCUGGGACUGCUUCACCCCCUCCUCUCUCACCCUGGGACACUGCUCCCACCCUCCUCCUCUCUCACCCUGGGACUGUCUCACCCCCUCCUCUCUCACCCUGGGACUGUCUCACCCCCUCCUCUCUCACCCUGGGACUGUCUCACCCCCUCCUCUCACACUGGGACUGUCUCACCCCUUCCUCUCUCACCCAGGGACUGUCUCACCCCCUCCUCUCUCACCCUGGGACUGCUUCACCCCCUCCUCUCUCACCCUGGGACUGUCUCACCCCCUCCUCUCUCACCCUGGGACUGUCUCACCCCCUCCUCUCGCACCCUGGGACUGUCUCACCCCCUCCUCUCUCACCCUGGGACUGUCUCACCCCCUCCUCUCACACUGGGACUGUCUCACCCCUUCCUCUCUCACCCAGGGACUGUCUCACCCCCUCCUCUCUCACCCUGGGACUGUCUCACCCCCUCCUCUCGCACCCUGGGACUGUCUCACCCCCCUCCUCUCUCACCCUGGGACUGUCUCACCCCCUCCUCUCUCACCCUGGGACUGCUUCACCCCCUCCUCUCUCACCCUGGGACUGUCUCACCCCCUCCUCUCUCACACUGGGGCUGCCUCACCCUCUCCUCUCUCACCCUGGGACUGCCUCGCCCUCUCCUCUCUGACACUGGGACUGUCUCACCCCCUCCUCUCUCACCCUGGGACUGCCUCGCCCUCUCCUCUCUCUCACACUGGGACUGUCUCACCCCCUCCUCUCUCACCCUGGGACUGUCUCACCCCCUCCUCUCUCACACUGGGACUGUCUCACCCCUUCCUCUCUCACCCAGGGACUGUCUCACCCCCUCCUCUCUCACCCUGGGACUGCUUCACCCCCUCCUCUCUCACCCUGGGACUGUCUCACCCCCUCCUCUCUCACCCUGGGACUGUCUCACCCCCUCCUCUCGCACCCUGGGACUGUCUCACCCCCUCCUCUCGCACCCUGGGACUGUCUCACCCCCUCCUCUCUCACCCUGGGACUGCUUCACCCCCUCCUCUCUCACCCAGAGACUGUCUCACCCCCUCCUCUCUGACCCUGGGACUGCUUCACCCCCUCCUCUCUCACCCUGGGACUGCUUCACCCCCUCCUCUCUCACCCUGGGACACUAUGAGUUGAUCUAUACAAUUAAACUUGCCCUGUUUGUUCUGCAGGAGCUGGUCAAGCAGCUGGGAGAGAUCCAGAACGUCGCAGCCGUUAACUUCUUCUGUAACUACGACGAGAGCCGUGGGAACUACCUGGUGGACGUGGACGGGAACCGCAUGCUGGACGUGUACACUCAGAUCUCCUCCAUCCCCAUUGGUCCGUCCUGGACUCGCCUAGACACCAUCAACCCAGACACCAUCAUCCCAGACACCAUCAACCCUCACACCAUCAACCCAGACACCUUCAUACCUCACACCAUCAACCCAGACACCAUCAACCCAGACACCAUCAACCCAGACACCUUCAACCCAGACACCAUCAACCCAGACACCAUCAACCCAGACACCAUCAACCCAGACACCAUCAACCCAGACACCAUCAACCCAGACACCAUCAACCCUCACACCAUCAACCCUCACACCAUCAACCCAGACACCAACACCAUCAACCCAGACACCAUCAACCCAGACACCUUCAACCCUCACACCAUCAACCCAGACACCAUCAACCCAGACACCAUCAACCCAGACACCAUCAACCCUCACACCAUCAACCCAGACACCAUCAACCCUCACACCAUCAACCCUCACACCAUCAACCCAGACACCAACACCAUCAACCCAGAUACCAUCAUCCCAGAUACCAUCAUCCCAGACACCAUCAUCCCAGACACCAUCAUCCCAGACACCAUCAUCCCAGACACCAUCAUCCCAGACACCAUCAUCCCAGACACCAUCAUCCCAGACACCAUCAUCCCAGACACCAUCAUCCCAGACACCUUCAACCCUCACACCAUCAACCCAGACACCAACACCAUCAACCCAGACACCAUCAACCCAGACACCAUCAACCCAGACACCAUCAUCCCAGACACCAUCAUCCCAGACACCUUCAACCCAGACACCAUCAACCCAGACACCAUCAUCCCAGACACCAUCAUCCCAGACACCAUCAUCCCAGACACCAUCAUCCCAGACACCAUCAUCCCAGACACCAUCAUCCCAGACACCAUCAACCCAGACACAAGAUACAACCAUCCCGCUCUGCACAAGAUGAUGCUAGACCCACACAACUUUAGCACCUUUGUGAACCGUCCUGCUCUGGGGAUCCUGCCUCCAGGAAACUUCCCCGACAAAGUGACCGAGAGUCUGCUGACGGUGGCCCCCAGUGGGAUGACCCGGGUGCAGACUAUGGCCUGUGGAUCCUGCUCCAAUGAAAACGCCUACAAAGCCAUGUUCAUCUGGUACAGAAACAAAGAACGUGGAGGACCGAGUCCCAAACCCACAGAGGAGGAACUGAGCUCCUGCAUUGUCAACAAGGAACCAGGUUGUCCCGACCUCAGCAUCCUCUCCUUCAUGGGAGGCUUCCAUGGACGGACCAUGGGGUGUCUGGCCACCACUCACUCCAAGGCCAUCCACAAACUGGACAUCCCAUCCAUGGACUGGCCCAUCGCUCCUUUCCCCAAACUGCAGUAUCCUCUGGAGGAGUUCACCCGAGAGAACGCGGCAGAGGAGGCGCGCUGCCUGGAGGAGGUGGAGGACCUGAUCGUGCGCUGGAGGCAGAAGGGUCGACCCGUGGCAGGCAUCGUGAUCGAGCCCAUCCAGGCCGAGGGCGGAGACAACCACGCCUCUGCAGACUUCUUCAAGAGCCUCAGGAACAUCGCACGAAAGCAUGGCUGUGCGUUCCACGUGGACGAGGUACAGACAGGAGGGGGCGCCACUGGGAAGUUCUGGGCGCACGAGCACUGGGGCAUGGAGGACCCGGCUGACAUUGUGUCCUUCAGCAAGAAGCUUCUGACCGGAGGCUUCUACCACAAGGACGAGCUACAGGCCGAUGAGGGUUACCGGAUCUUCAACACGUGGAUGGGAGACCCGUCCAAGAACCUGUUCCUGAUCGAGGUUCUGAACGUGAUCCGCCGGGAGAACCUCCUGGAGGAAGUGAGGCGCUCUGGAGACGCUCUGCUGCAGGGACUCUACUCUCUCCAGGAGCAGUACCCGGGUCUGCUGAGUCGAGCCCGAGGUCAGGGCACCUUCUGUGCGGUGGACAUCCGCGACGACCCGACCAGGAACCAGAUCCUCCUCAAGGCCCGCGACAAAGGGGUGAUGUGGUUGUUUCAGGACAGGGGUGAUGUGGUUGUUUCAGGACAGGGGACAGGGGUGGUGUGGUUGUUUCAGGACAGGGGUGGUGUGGUUGUUUUAGGACAGGGGUGGUGUGGUUGUUUUAGGACAGGGGUGAUGUGGUUGUUCCAGGACAGGGGUGAUGUGGUUGUUUCAGGACAGGGGACAGGGGUGAUGUGGUUGUGUCAGGACAGGGGUGAUGUGGUUGUGUCAGGACAGGGGUUAUGUGGUUGUUCCAGGACAGGAGUGAUGUGGUUGUUUCAGGACAGGGGUGAUGUGGUUGUUUCAGGACAGGGGUGGUGUGGUUGUUUCAGGACAGGGGACAGGGGUGAUGUGGUUGUUUCAGGACAGGGGUGGUGUGGUUGUUUCAGGACAGGGGUGAUGUGGUUGUUCCAGGACAGGGGUGAUGUGGUUGUUUCAGGACAGGGGACAGGGGUGAUGUGGUUGUUUCAGGACAGGGGUGGUGUGGUUGUUUCAGGACAGGGGUGGUGUGGUUGUUUCAGGACAGGGGUGAUGUGGUCGUUUCAGGACAGGGGUGAUGUGGUUGUUUCAGGACAGGGGUGGUGUGGUUGUUUCAGGACAGGGGUGAUGUGGUUGUUUCAGGACAGGGGUGAUGUGGUCGUUUCAGGACAGGGGACAGGGGUGAUGUGGUUGUUUCAGGACAGGGGUGAUGUGGUUGUUUCAGGACAGGGGUGGUGUGGUUGUUUCUGGACAGGGGUGAUGUGGUUGUUUCAGGACAGGGGUUAUGUGGUUGUUCCAGGACAGGGGACAGGGGUUAUGUGGUUGUUCCAGGACAGGGGUGAUGUGGUUGUUUCAGGACAGGGGUGGUGUGGUUGUUUCAGGACAGGGGUGAUGUGGUUGUUUCAGGACAGGAGUGAUGUGGUUGUUUCAGGACAGGGGACAGGGGUGAUGUGGUUGUGUCAGGACAGGGGUGAUGUGGUUGUUUCAGGACAGGGGACAGGGGUGGUGUGGUUGUUUCAGGACAGGGGUGGUGUGGUUGUUUCAGGACAGGGGUGGUGUGGUUGUUUCAGGACAGGGGUGAUGUGGUUGUGUCAGGACAGGGGUGAUGUGGUUGUUUCAGGACAGGGGACAGGGGUGAUGUGGUUGUUUCAGGACAGGGGUGAUGUGGUUGUUUCAGGACAGGGGUGGUGUGGUUGCUUCAGGACAGGGGUGGUGUGGUUGUUUCAGGACAGGGGUGAUGUGGUUGUUUCAGGACAGGGGACAGGGGUGAUGGGGUUGUUUCAGGACAGGGGUGAUGUGGUUGUGUUUCAGGACAGGCGUGAUGUGGUUGUGUUUCAGGACAGGGGACAGGGGUGGUGUGGUUGUUUCAGGACAGGGGUGAUGUGGUUGUUUCAGGACAGGGGUGAUGUGGUUGCUUCAGGACAGGGGACAGGGGUGAUGUGGUUGUGUCAGGACAGGGGUUAUGUGGUUGUUCCAGGACAGGGGACAGGGGUUAUGUGGUUGUUCCAGGACAGGGGUGAUGUGGUUGUUUCAGGACAGGGGUGGUGUGGUUGUUUCAGGACAGGGGUGAUGUGGUUGUUUCAGGACAGGGGUGAUGUGGUUGUUUCAGGACAGGGGUGGUGUGGUUGUUUCUGGACAGGGGUGAUGUGGUUGUUUCAGGACAGGGGUGAUGUGGUUGUUUCAGGACAGGGGUGGUGUGGUUGUUUCAGGACAGGGGUGAUGUGGUUGUUUCAGGACAGGGGUGAUGUGGUUGUUUCAGGACAGGGGACAGGGGUGGUGUGGUUGUUUCAGGACAGGGGUGAUGUGGUUGUUUCAGGACAGGGGACAGGGAUGGUGUGGUUGUUUCAGGACAGGGGUGGUGUGGUUGUUUCAGGACAGGGUGAUGUGGUUGUUUCAGGACAGGGGACAGGGGUGAUGUGGUUGUUUCAGGACAGGGGUGAUGUGGUUGUUUCAGGACAGGGGUGGUGUGGUUGUUUCAGGACAGGGGUGAUGUGGUUGUUUCAGGACAGGGGUGAUGUGGUUGUUUCAGGACAGGGGACAGGGGUGGUGUGGUUGUUUCAGGACAGGGGUGAUGUGGUUGUUUCAGGACAGGGGUGGUGUGGUUGUUUCUGGACAGGGGUGAUGUGGUUGUUUCAGGACAGGGGUGGUGUGGUUGUUUCAGGACAGGGGUGGUGUGGUUGUUUCAGGACAGGGGUGGUGUGGUUGUUUCAGGACAGGGGCGUGCUGCUGGGCGGCUGUGGCGACCGCUCCAUCCGCUUCCGUCCCGCCCUCAUCUUUAAAGAGUACCAUGUGGCGCUCUUCCUCAACAUCUUCAACGACGUCCUGGCAGAGUUCAAGUAG